CCUGAUUCUUUCUCUCCUGCAGCCACAGAGAAGCGAGUUGCUGGAGAGGAACAGGGUGUGGGCGUGGGGUGGCCCCUCCCAGGAAAUCUGAUUUUAAACUCCUGCAGUUUAAGGUUUUGCAGUAGAGGCUGACGACUCCCCCGGGCCCUGGCACCAUGUACACGGCGAUCCCCAAAAGCGGCUCCCCCUUUGAUGCCUCGGUGAACCAGCCGGGCCUGCACAUCUGGCGGGUGGAGAAGAUGAAGCCGGUCCCGGUGCCGGCAGAGUCCAAGGGCAUCUUCUACUCGGGGGACUCCUACCUGGUCCUGCACAACGGGCCGGAGGAGCAAGCCAACCUGCACAUCUGGAUCGGCCAGAGCUCCUCACGGGACGAGCAGGGGGCCUGCGCCGUGCUCUCCACCCACCUUAACACCCUGCUGGGUGAGCGGCCCAUCCAGCACCGCGAGGUGCAGGGCAACGAGUCCGACGUCUUCAUGGAGUACUUCCCCCGCGGCAUCAAGUACCAGGAGGGCGGUGUGGAGUCCGCCUUUCACAAAACCCAGUCCAGCCAGGGCUCCGGGCCCAUCCGCAAACUCUACCAAGUAAAGGGCAAGAAAAACAUCCGGGCCACCGAGCGGGAGCUGAGCUGGGCCAGCUACAACACCGGGGACUGCUUCAUCCUGGACCUGGGCGAUACCAUCUACACAUGGUGCGGGGAGACAUCCAACAUCCUGGAGCGCAACAAGGCCCGGGACCUGGCGCUGGCCAUCCGGGACAGCGAGCGGCAGGGCAAGGCCCGGGUGGAGAUCGUGUCUGACGGGGAGGAGCCGCCCGAGAUGAUCCAGGUGCUGGGUCCCAAGCCCGCUCUGAGGCAGGGCAGCCCCGAGGAGGACGUCACGGCAGAUCAGAAGAACGCGGGGGCAGCUGCUCUCUAUAAGGUGUCGGACGCGACGGGGAAGAUGAACCUAACCAAGGUGUCCGGGAGCAGCCCCUUCAGCCAGGGCCUGCUCUGCACCGACGACUGCUUCAUCCUGGACAACGGCCAGUGCGGCAAGAUCUACGUGUGGAAAGGUCGCAAAGCCAACCAGCAGGAACGGGAGGCAGCCCUGAAAGUGGCUGAGGAUUUCAUCUCCCGUAUGAAGUACUCCCCAAAGACCCAGGUGGAGAUCCUGCCCCAGGGCCGUGAGAGUCCCCUCUUCAAGCAGUUCUUCGCGAGCUGGAAGUGAACCCGGGGCCUGCCCCGAGGCUGCCCAGCGCUGCUUUGUCUCCAGGCCUACCCUCCGCUCUGUAGCCACCAGGCAUCUCAUUAAAUGACCUGCACGGGGA